AUGAGUGGGGAAAAUGAUAUUGUACCAUGCGACGUGGAGAAACAGACCAACGCCGGUACCUCCUCUCGUCAUACUUCAAUCCAGUCAAAUAACUCUUCAUCACCUUUGAAUGCUUUACCAGAGCCAGUGCACGAUGAGGAAGGUACAACGUAUUUUCUGUUAGACGUUGAAUCAAACAAUGAGAAUAGCAAAGACAAUUUAUUAGAUGACUCCGCACAGACGACUUUAAGUACGACACAUAAGUCAAAACAUCGCAAACAUCGUAAAAGAAGCGGCACCGAUGACGAUGACGAUGAUAAAGCCAGUAUUUCCAGUAGGACCUCCAAGAAAAGUACCAGUAGUAGCAGUAGUAGUAGCAGUAGCUCUAGCAGUGAUUCAGCUCAAGUUGUUAUUGAUCAUGGCAGCUCUCUUCCUCGACGAUUAGAUAAACAAGGACUGGGCCAUCUGUUUCGAUCGGGCGAUGACGAGUCAGAAAGCGAUUUUUGUUAUACACCUGUUCGACGAGAUUCCGACGUAGAAUCCGAUAGAAGUCAACAUAGACAUAAUAGUCAAUACUUACGACGUUUAUCUGCUGCCUCACCAUUGAAUCAAACAACCGAGCUGGAGCAUAUUUCCACCUUACACAAUAUGCAUACAAACAGCAGUGAACCAUCUUGUAAUAAAGCACAACUACCGAAACAACAGCAGCGUAUGAUUAUUAACAGGAAUAGCGAUAAUAAUAGCGAUUUAUCAGAUGUUGGGGAAGAAGAGGAAGAGGAAGAAGAAGAAGAAUCAAUAGAAGAAGAAAAUGAAAGGGAGGAGGAAGAAAGCAAUCUAGCGGAUGAUGAAGAUGAAUUGAAAGGCACUAUUCGUCGUAAAAGAUCAAUUUUGAGAAAUCCUUUUUCAAACAAUAGCAAUAGCACUAUUAAUAAGAGCGAAGAAGAAGGUUUAGUAGCAGAAGAUAAUCAAAACAAUGGCGGUCAUGGACGACAUCGCAACGGCAAUAAUCGCCGACAUAAACAGAGUCAUCAUAAGCACAAGAAUAUUGCAAGUUCCUCCAAAGAAAGUGGAGGAGCAGGCGGUAUGCAAAAUAGUAAAGAAAUGGUAACUGUGUAUACCGAAGACGACGAUGAUUUGAACGAUGAAAUGCCCGCUGGAGACCGUGAGCGUAUGAUGAGACGAAAUGCUCGAGCUUAUCGUAGAGCUCAACAACAACAACAGCCUCAUCAUUAUCAGAAUUAUCAGCAUGACUGGAACUAUAAUCGUCGUCGUUCCAUCCCGAAACGAUUGCAUAGAAGGACACAGAAAGUCUUGCAAGUCAAUGCAUUACAAUCGCAGUCAUGGAGCCGACGAGAAAGUCUACAAUCUAGCAGUCGUCACCCAGGUCUUUCCAGUGAAGUGGCUCUUCACAAAUUAUUACGCAUUGCAAACAGUAUCAUUGAUGAAGAAAGGUCUCGCAUAAGAAAAACAAUAAGCGCAAAAUCCUUCUUGUUGAUACAACCUAUGAUACUCAACGCUCUGUGUGGCGUAGCUUUGUUGAUUAUUUAUAUUGUAAGCUAUUACAGAGCGCAACCAUACCAAUUCCGUCUUACUGGUUUAUUAGUAGAAGCAAUAUUGUUGCUUGGCAUUACUGUGUGGAACGGUAUCAUUUUUUACCGUGAAAAAACUCUUGCAUCUCAAGAAAUGACAGAUCGUGCUUCGGCUAUUAUAAAAGCUUUGGAGAGAAGCGGUAUGAAUAUGGUACAGGACACAAAAAUUCCUUUCAUACCCUCUAUGUCAGUAGCUAAAGUAGUACGUGACGGUGUGGUAAGAAUAUUUCCCGUCAACUUGUUGGUGGAAGGUGAUGUAGUAGAGAUGCUAUAUGGUGAUGUAGCACCAGGACGAAUGAAGUAUAUACACAAGACGGUGCCCAUCAGCAAUUCAGACGCAGAAGAGGAAGCUGAAGAAAAUGAAAAUUCUAGUAAAAGAAACGAACUCUCAGCACCAUAUGAACCACAGCAGCGAGUGGAGCUGUCUAGCCGUACAAGCAAUCAACAUUUAUUAGACGAUGAUGGUGAAACGUUAGCCGAUACUACAACCGCUACCUCGAAGAGUGAUUUAAAAAGACGAAGAAGCAGUCAAAUUGCUCUCUCUUCCCCUUCCUCUUCGUCUUCGUCAUCUUCUGAUGAAGGGCCCCCGUUACAUACUCGCGAGUAUUACAUUGCCAAAGAUCAAACCUUCAAACCUUCCUUUUUUGGUAUCCCUCCCCCUUCUGGUCUAAUGGAAGAGUAUAUGCGUUUUCGUGGUCGUCAUCAAUUUAUAUUGCUCGAGACGCCUAUUGAAAAGAAUUUACGGCGUGCUCUAACCCAACAACGACCCAAAACUGUCAUGCAUUACGAAAGCAAAGUGAUUCUCAACAUCUUUCAUCGAUACAUUGUUUGGGUUCUAUUAUUCAUGGCAGUCAUGGUUAAUGCUUUGCGUUUUGGUUUGCGUAGUGUCAUGGAAAAUCACUACCCUAAAGAUCAACUAAUUGAAGAAGUAUUUACCAUGUCAAUAUAUAGCGUAAUACCGUUGUUACCCUUAUGUUUACCCACUAUGUGGAUUAUUGCAAGAAGCUUUGGAAAUGCCCAAUUAUUGAUCUUAUUCGAGGCGCUACAAAUCUCAAAAACAGAAUAUGAAGAUGAUGAUGAGGUGGAUGAGUUUGAUGCUGAAGCACCACCACCUACAAAAGAUUUAGAAUUAAGUCCAAAUGCUGUUUGGGAUCGAUUCUUAUCUUUACUGACAAAAUGGGAUAGUUUGUCUCUUACUCGGUCAACUAACUUAUUAGAAUCUUUGGGCAGCACAACCGUAAUCUGCUGCUUAGAUAAAGAGGGGACUAUUGCCAACCCCUUUCCAACUGUUGAGCAAUUAAUGUUUCCCAAUACUCAGGAAGAUAUCGCUUAUUUGGACGUCGAAGAGGAUUCAGACGAGGAGACUGGUCUGAAAUUUGAAGAUCAAGAUUGGGAACAAUAUCUACCCUGCCUGAAGCCCCUUGGUUUGAACUUCAUGCUAAAUACCAACUGUGGUGUAUUGCAAAGCCGUAAAAGAUCUGAAUAUCAUCGUCGACGUUCCAAGUUGCAUGUAUAUGGCAAAACAUCGCCUGCCAGACAAUCUUGUCUCUGCAGAUUAGGUAAAUGCAUUGGGUUUAGAGAAGAAGCUCUUCAAUCUUUUGCAUUAAGAGCAGAAAUUUAUACCUUUGCGCCUUAUCAUGAAAUACUUAAUACGCCACGCUACAAGUAUAGCAAAUAUUAUCCAUUUGAAGUACCCAAUGCUCUUUCGACCGUUUUUGAAGAGAAAUCCUCAGGAAGUUAUCAAUUGCUAACAGAUGGCCAUCCAUCUCUUGUUAUGGAUAAAUGCUCAGAUUAUUGGGAUGGUCAUUCAUUACAAACUAUGAGCGAAACGAUGGAGAAAAAGAUUAAUGACUUUUUUCAAAAUGCUGCUGUGCACGAUAUGCAAUGUAUUGCUUAUGCGUACCGACCUAUUAAUACUGUUAAUGACGACCGUAUAUCUUUCUUGAAUCCGUCAGAUGAUGAAAAUCAAGACCCCGGUUGCGCCUUUGUAGUGUUGCCAUAUAAACCACCAAGUUCUGAUAGUAGUUCUUCAUCUUCAUCUACUGAGAUUAGCAGUAGCAGUAGUAGCAGUACUGACUCAGCAUCGGAGGCUUCACAUUCCCUUGUAAAGCAAGAUCUGAUAAACGGAUCCAGCCAAUUGCUUGAAAUUGAAGAUACGGCAGGAGCAGAUGAUGACCAGAAACAACGACGAACAUCUAAAAGCUCUACUCUUUCCACAGAAAGUAGUACUUCAUCUUCACCAUCCGAUGGCUCGAGUGAUUACUCUUUUGAAGAGGAUGAACCUGUCGACGAACAGGAAGAAGCUACGUUUUAUAAAGAGGUAGUGAAGGGUCAAAUUUUCCUUGGUAUGACAGCAAUGUGCCAUCAACCUAAACAAAAUGUUGUGGACUUUAUUGAAGAUCUUGGUCUUGCUGGUAUUCGCUUUGUGUACUUUUCUCCUACUGCUGAAAGAGAAUCUAAGGCAUUUGCAGAGAGACUUGGUCUUGAAACCGAUUGGAAUAGUUGUAUCUUACUAUCAAAUCCUGAUGAUGACGAGAAUUGUGGAAAUGGGUAUUCCCAAACCCACGAUAUCAAGGCACAACUACCAAGGGGUAUUGAUGAAAUACGGCCCCACUUGGAAGAUGUGGACGAUAUACCUUUGCAUGUCUCUCUGUUUGCGGAAUGCACGCCAAGAGCUAUGAAAGAGAUGAUCAGAAUCUUUCAAGAAAAUGGAGAAGUGGUCUGUACCAUUGGUAACGCGCUAAAUACAAAGAAUACAGAAUCAUUUGCUUUAUCGGACGUUAGUAUCGCUAUGGAACCUAUGCAUACCCGUGCUCAAAAUAAGGGCCGCUUAUCUACCAACGAUCGUCAGCCGCCACUGGCUGUUGGAGCUUCCUUAUGUAGUUUACCUUGUGGUUUGUUCAUGCAGUAUGAAACCAGCUUGUAUGCUGUAACGCAGCUUAUCCGUGAUGCGCGUCGAUUGUUAAGCUGCGUUAGAAUGGGUUUUGCGUUUUAUGCCUCAGGAUGCAUGUCCACAUCAUUAAUAUUGUUUUUCAGCUUUUGCUUACUCUUACCACCCAUCUUGACUGGUUAUCAAAUUCUAUGGCUCCUGUGCAUUAUUUUACCUAUUCUUUCUAUGUCAAUGUUGUUUACACCACAUGAAGAUAAUAUUAUGCUGCUGAUGCCUGGGGGGCGGGAAAAAAAAGGAGGAAAUCGCAGGCGAAAGGUUUUAGUUGAAGGAAAUGCUGACGAGCUAAUCAUUUUUAUUUCAGGGAAAAAUAUUGAACAUUUACAGGACUUUUGGCGAUUCAUGGCGUAUUUCGUACUUCGCUUCAUUCUUGUUAUUGCUAUGUCGAUAGCUGUUUAUGCUAUGUCCUUGAUUUGCAUAUUAGAUGAUAGCAUGACAAAUGUCUUUGGCAAAUUUGGUACACAAGGAUGGUAUCAUUUAUCUGUCGAAGAACAAUGGGCAAUCACUUAUGCGCAGAAUUUUAUGCUGAUAGCAUUUGUAUGGUACCUCGUUCAAGAGCUGGUCAAAUGGCAUGAUAAUAAUGAAUUUACGCGUUUCCAGAAAAGAUCAAAACUCGAAUUUAGUACUAAACUUGGUAUGCAUUCGCCUUUGUAA